AUGAGUUAUGAUAAUGAAAAACACAACAGUGAUGGCUAUGUACCCAAGAUUAAUCAAUAUGCCCAGGAAUAUAUUGAAGCCCUACGCAAGGAGGAAGCUCGAUUGCCCAAAGAAUUUCCAUUAUGUGCCGAAUUAAUAAGAGAUGCAAUGGAUCGCAUUUAUGCCACCGGUCGCACCCCUGGCAAAGAACUCAAAGCCGAUGUCUUUCAACAGAAACCAAUUAAACUCACGCAAAAUGUCUAUUUGCCCGUCAAACAAUAUCCAAAAUUUAAUUUCCAAGGAAAAAUAUUGGGUCCCAAGGGUAAUACACUAAAACGGUUGCACCAGGAAACACUUUGUAGUAUUGCAAUUAAGGGACGUAAUUCAAUGCGAGAUCAAGAACGUGAAGAGAUGCUACGUCAAUCCGGUGAUCCUGCCUACAAUCAUCUGAAUAAAAAUCUAUUUGUUGAAAUAUCAACGGUGGCACCACCUGCCGAAGCUCAUGCUCGCAUGGCUUAUGCCCUUACAGAGAUUCGUAAAUACAUUAUACCCGAUAAGAAUGAUGAAAUCUCACAGGAACAAUAUCGUGAGCUAAUGGAAAUUGAUCCGAAAUUGGUAAAGUCGACAUUUGGCAUUAAGACGGCACCACAAAAAUCAGUUUUUCAAAAAUUGGCUGCCUUGAGUCAAAAAGAGUACCAUGAUGAUGCUGACCAAUCAAAUGGCCAUAAUUUUCCAGGUACCAAGGAUGGUCACAAUGGACAAGAAUCUCUGAGUGAACGGUUGUAA